GCUGUGCGAGUCUCCAUGAGCGCUGCGCGGCGGUAUAGGGCUGGCGUGGGCCCGUGCGGUGGUUUAUGGGGACCUAUGGGCUGCUUAUGGGGAUCACGGGGCUCUGCAGCGUUCCGCAGGGGAUGUGUGGGGUGGCACAGCGCGGUGUGAAGGAGAUCAGCGGGGGCAGCGCGGGGCUGAUCGGGGGUCUGCGGUGUGUCAUGGAGUCUAGUGCUGCGGGCGGCUGCACGUGCUCCACAGGAGCUCUGUGGGUCUCUAUGGGUUCCUGUGGGCCUCUGUGGGUCUCUACGGGUUCCUACGGGGUUGUGCUGGGCCCCGCGGGCCCCGCGCGCUCUGUGGGGCGGGGCCGAGCCCCGCGCUCACCGGAAGCGGCCGAACGGAGGCUCCGCCCCCAUCCCCGCCCGCGGCACCUCCCGCGCGGGGUCGGCGUCGCGGUUCGCAGCGCUGCGGUGGGGCGGGGCGCGGCAGGGGGCGCCGGGGGGGACGCAGCGGUGCGCGGAGAUCCCUGACCUCGGGGCCCGGCGCGUCGUUGUGACGUAAUCGCGGCGGGACAGCGGCGAGGAGCGGGGUCACGCGGAAGGCGGAGUGACGUCAGCGCCGGAGUGACGUCGCCACGGGAGUUGCGUCAUCUCGGUGACGUCACCUCGCGCCAUGUGGCGGAGCUGCGGGGCAGGGGUGCGCGCGGUGGUGGCCCACGGGUUGUGCCGGGUCCCCCCCACGGCUCUGUGCUCGGUGUCCCCGCAGGACUUGGCUGUCCCCAAUGCUGGGUGGAGCGUGGCCAUGCGUGAGCAGUUCCAGCAUCUGCUGCGCUGUGCUGCUGACGGCUCCUGGCGCCGCCUCCCCUCCUACCGCCGCGGCCUUGACCACCUCCCAGAGGUGCUGCAGAUGGUGGUGGGGCCGGUGACGGGGCCGGGGCCACGGCUGUUCCUGCGCAACCUGGACGCAGAGGGUGCUGGCUUUGAGUACGCCAUCUUCCUGCACGCCUCCGGCCACCGCACGCAGUGCCUGUGCCAGCUGGGACCCUACCUGGAAGGCCACCAUGGCUUCGCACACGGUGGUGCCAUCGCCACUCUCAUUGACACCACGGUGGGGACGUGCGCGCUGGCGGUGGCCAAAACAUCGGUGGUGACGGCCAAGCUGAGCAUCAGCUACCUGGCCCCCAUGCCAGUGGGUGCUGUGGUGGUGGCCGACAGCUGCAUGGAGCGGCACGAGGGACGCAAGAUCUUCCUUUCCUGUCGUGUGCGUGACACCAAAGGGGACACGCUGUACGCCGAGGCCACUGCGCUCUUCAUCCAGGUGGAGGACACCAAGCCCUCCCUGGCCGCCUGUCCCUAGCAGUGACGCUGUAACGCUGGAGGGGGGUGGCAGCGUGGUGUCCCUGUGUCACCUUCUGGGAUCAGAGCGUGGCACUGCAGUGGCA